GGGGCCAUUUCUGUCAGAUAGUGGGGUAACGGUGGGAUCCCAACCUUUAGACUGACACCCACCCAGUGUCAUUGGCAUUCUCUGCACUGCCUUCCUCGCUAUUCGUCAGGCGAAGGGGAGAGUGUAAGAGAACAAAAAGAGAGAGGGGGGGGGAGAGAAAGAGAGAGAGCAAAAACGAGUGCUUCUGAAUGAUUGUACUGUCGCCACAACCGGGGACAAUUAAGAGAAUUGCAUUAUAUGUCUUAAUCUUGCCAGUCAAGUGGGUGAGAUAUAGACAGAGAGAGGAAGAGAGAGGGAACCCGAAAGAGAGAGGGGUACAGGUGCCACAGACACAUGUCAUUAUUGCCUUCCUCUUUAAUUUAGUUUUUUCUUUUCAUCUCAGAACGAGAUCCCUUUUGAGGACUGUUCGCUCCGUUCGCCGCAAGGGAAGGCGGGAGAAUGAAAGAGUUAUUUUUUUCCAAUUGAAACAGAACGUUCUUUUUCCUCCCGGCUCUUUGAUUUGUUAACAGCACACACUCGCUCACUCUGCCUUCUGUUCAUCGCUCCACCAGGGCAGAAAGCUAGAUACUUCACCUUCACCUCCGUCUAUAUCCCCUUUUUCACUGCUGUUGGGUAUUUUUCACUCCUUUAGAAAAUGCAUCCUUUUGCACCCUGAGGGAAUCAUUUCCUAUUAAAGAACAAACCCAGGGGUUGGACAUUACUCCUAUAUAGGUUUCCCCCGUAAUACACCGUAUCACCAUAUCAAAAAGAAUAGACUACUUGGUGAAAAGAAACAGAAAACCCUCCCAAAGCCCAGAGACCCAGUCCCUCACGACACCCCCCAACUCCUUUUUCUUCCUCCCUCCCUCCGCCUUCCCCUCCUCUCGGAUCUUACUCCUCUCGCUCCAUUCCUUUUAUCCUCGGGGGCAUCCCACUCCCCGCCGGGACUAAGCCGGCUUGCAUCCGCGGGAAUCUUUUGAUAUCGGCUCCUGGUGUCGUCUGAUUCAUUCCAUUGUGAGGGCAUGGCAAAGCUGGUAGAAUAUGCUGCUGGCGGCAGAAGCUAGUGGCAUAUGGAGUGACUCGGUCGCUAUAGGGACAGCCCGGCGUUCGCAGCAUUCCCUUUGUUUCCACGGCGAUGGAGCAGGUGGUGGACCAGGCAGCCAGAAGACCGUUCUCCAUGAGGAGUAGUGGAAGAUGCCGGCUCUGCCAGCGCUGCUGCUGUCGAUUUACUUCCUCUUACUGUUGCUGACCAUGGCCCCGCUCUCUUUCACCCAGGCUCCCGCACUCUCCUCCGUCAGAAUGGCGGCCAUUUUGGACGACCAGUCGGUGUGUGGGCGAGGGGAGCGGCUAGCGCUGGCCCUGGCCAGGGAGAACAUUAACAGUAUUUUUGAGGGCCAGUCCAGAGCCCGGGUGGAGGUGGACAUCUUCGAGCUGCAGAAGGACUCACAGUACGACACCACCGAUACCAUGUGUCAGAUAUUGCCAAAGGGGGUGGUCUCUGUGAUUGGCCCCGCCUCCAGUCCUGCCUCAGGGUCAACUGUCAGUCACAUCUGUGGAGAGAAGGAGAUCCCUCAUGUGAAGGUGGGCCCGGAGGAGACGCCCAAACUCCCAUACCUCCGCUUCGCCUCGGUCAGUCUCUACCCCAGCAACGAGGACCUGAGCCUAGCUAUUGGGGCCAUCCUCCACUCUUUCAGCUACCCCACCGCCAGCCUCAUAUGUGCCAAGGCAGAGUGCCUGCUGCGAUUGGAGGAGCUGGUGCGGCGCUUCCUGAUCUCCCGGGAAACACUGUCCGUUAGGAUGCUGGACGAAAGCCUGGACCCCACCCCCCUGCUAAAGGAGAUUAGAGACGAUAAAGUGGCUACUAUCAUCAUCGACGCCAAUGCUUCCAUCUCCUACCUCAUCCUCAGAAAGGCAUCAGAACUGGGGAUGACAUCAGUGUUUUACAAGUACAUACUCACCACAAUGGACUUUCCCCUGCUGCGAUUGGACGACGUGGUGGAUGACCAAUCCAACAUCGUAGGUUUCUCCAUGCUCAACAGCAGCCAUCCCUUCUACCUGGAGUUCAUCAGGAGUCUCAACCUGUCCUGGAGGGAGGGCUGUGACCUCAGCCCCUACCCCGGCCCGUCGGUGAGAACCGGAAUCCUUCUGUCGUCGGCUCUUAUGUUUGAUGCGGUGCAUGUGGUGGUGGGGGCGGUGCGUGAGCUCAACCGGAGUCAGGAGAUUGGAGUGAAGCCGCUCAGCUGCACCACUCCUCAGAUCUGGCAACAUGGCACCAGCCUGAUGAACUACCUGCGCAUGGUGGAGUAUGAUGGGUUGACCGGCAGGGUGGAGUUCAACAGCAAAGGCCAGAGGACAAACUACACCCUGAGAAUCCUGGAGAAGCACCGUGGGGGUCAUACAGAGAUCGGGAUCUGGUACUCUAACAACACAUUGGCGAUGAACUCGACAUCUCUGGACAUCAACAUGUCGGAGACGUUGGCUAACAAGACGCUCAUCGUCACCACCAUAUUGGAGAACCCGUAUGUGAUGCAUAAGUCCAACUACCAGGAGCUGCGGGGAAACGACCGGUACCAGGGCUUCUGUGUGGACAUGCUAAGAGAGCUGUCGGACUUGUUGAAGUUCUCCUUCAGGAUCAAGCUGGUGGAUGACGGGCUGUACGGAGCGCCUGAACCGAAUGGAUCCUGGACAGGCAUGGUGGGAGAGCUCAUCAAUAGGAAAGCAGACUUGGCGGUAGCUGGGUUCACCAUCACCUCAGAGAGGGAGAAGGUCAUAGAUUUCUCCAAACCCUUCAUGUCCCUGGGCAUCAGCAUCCUGUACAGAGUCCAUUUGGGACGGAAGCCAGGUUAUUUCUCCUUCCUGGACCCGUUCUCUCCAGCCGUGUGGCUCUUCAUGCUGCUGGCCUACCUGGCUGUCAGCUGUGUGCUCUUCCUAGCCGCCAGGUUGAGUCCGUAUGAGUGGUACAACUCCCACCCGUGUCCUAUGGGGCGAAAGGACAUGCUGGAGAACCAGUACACCCUGGGUAACAGCCUGUGGUUCCCCGUGGGAGGCUUCAUGCAGCAGGGCUCUGAGAUUAUGCCCCGUGCCCUGUCCACGCGCUGCGUCUCCGGGGUCUGGUGGGCGUUCACUCUUAUCAUCAUCUCCUCCUACACGGCCAACCUGGCAGCCUUCCUCACUGUUCAGAGGAUGGAGGUGCCCAUCGAGUCUCCUGACGACCUGGCUGACCAGACAAACAUCCAGUAUGGUACCAUCCAAGGAGGCUCCACCAUGACGUUCUUCAUGAACUCGCGCUACCAGACGUACCAGCGCAUGUGGAACUACAUGCACUCCAAGCAGCCCAGUGUAUUUGUGAAGAGCACGGAGGAGGGCAUCGCCCGCGUGGUCAACUCCAAAUACGCCUUCCUGCUGGAGAGCACCAUGAACAAGUACCACCGCCGCCUCAACUGUAAUCUCACCCAAAUAGGUGGUCUUCUCGACACCAAGGGCUAUGGCAUCGGCAUGCCCCUGGGCUCGCCGUUUAAAGAGGAGAUCACCCUGGGAGUGUUACAGCUGGCAGAGAACAACAGGCUGGAGAUCCUGAAGAGGAGGUGGUGGGAAGGGGGGCAGUGCCCCAAGGAGGAGGACCACCGAGCCAAGGGUCUGGGCAUGGAGAACAUCGGGGGCAUCUUCGUGGUGUUGAUCUGCGGCCUCAUCAUCGCUGUGUUCGUGGCCGUCAUGGAGUUUGUGUGGUCCACCCGCCGCUCGGCCGAGACAGACGAGGUACGCCCUCACUGCUGCCCAGGCCAAAACCACAGACGCACUCCAGUGUCAGUGUGUCAGGAGAUGCUGACUGAGUUCCGCAACGCCAUCUCCUGUAAGAAGAGCUCACGCUCUCGGCGGCGGCGUCCCUUGGCCAGCACUGGCGGUGUCUUGCGCCACCCCACCCGCCUCCAGCUGGGUGUCCCGAGACCCAUCCGCCUAGUCCGCGAGAUGCGCCUCAGCAACGGCAAGCUGUACAGCAGCUCGGGCCACCUGACUGGCGGAGGGGGAGCAGCAGGAGGGGGGUGUGGGGCCGUAGGGGGAGGGCCCUCAGACAUGGGUCCGGGGCCACAGCGCCUCCUGGAGGACCCACUGGGUGCCAAUACCACGACACCCCCUCCCCCGCCCGAGGCUGCCACGGCGCCACCCUCCCGGAGCUGUGCCCAUGUGCGGAUCUGCCAGGAGUGUCGGCGCAUCCAGAGCCUGAGGUCAGCAUCGUCCUUCUCACGCAUCCCGCCCCACCUCGGCCCACACUCUUCCGUGUCCCUGCCCCGCCUCACUCCACCCCCGCCACCCUCAUCCACCAACACCGACAGCGAGGGGGGCGGCUGUGGCACAGCGAGCCCCAAGAGACCCAAGCCUAAGCCCACGCCCCCUCCGCGGCCCUUACCCCCUGCGAAGGCGCCCACCACAGACCUGCUGCUGGGGAAACAAGACUGAGGAGGGACGGAGGGAUCGGACAUGUGACAAGGGUCGAGGGUUAAAAGUCAAAUGUCAGGGUUCAACAGAGAAACGCGUAGGAACGAGGAGCGGAAGGGGCUGUGAGCUUGUAGUGCAUUGACACGGCAGGAUCAAACCACUCUGACCUGUUUGAGGGGGUUAUUCUCCAGGGCAGAAUUUGCGGAGACACCAACCUAGUCAAGGCCGUCCUCCUAAACCAGGAGUCCUGCUAAGCAAUGGAUCAGGCUGUCUAUGGAGUGGGAAAUGACUUUUGACCACAUAUGAGCGUUAGCUGCCCUUACGGUGCAGUGAGAGACCAUGUGGUGACCGUGCAACAGUAAGCAUAAGUGUGUUCAAGCUGCCUGGUUUGGCUUUUGACCUUCUCUCUCUCUUUCACUUGGAUCUGAUGGGAGGACUUGACCUAUCCAACAAGCGCUGGAGAGAUUCAGGGGACCAUAGAGACUUCAAACACACAGAAACUCUUGCGUUUAAAGAAGUCGGUUCUCGCCAAGAAGAUGCAUAUUUUUUCCCCCAGAGCAGCUGGAAGAGCUUGAACUUUGGAAUUUGUGUUUUCGAUUUGCUUUCUGUCAGAGUCUAACUCGCCUAAUUUAUUUUCUAUCUUUCUUUCUUUCUUUCGAAUAUCUUUUUAUUGUUGUCAUUGGUUUCUUGGUCACUGUUUAGUUAUUGACUCGUGUUUUUGGUCUGUCAUUAAAGAUCCUUACGAAAGCCAAUGUGGAGAUCAUGACCAUUCGUGCGUAAAUGAGGUAUCUUUCCCACCAGUCACAAGCCCGGGAACGAAGUUCAAAGGUCAAUAGUCUAAAAGAGGCCUUCUCUAAAACACAUUCUGACAGUACACCCAGAUCACAGGACUCAAUAUUACAGUCCAUGUUUGCUUGUCAGAGUAGCAGAGUGUGGCCUUGCCUUCCACUGAUCAACAAGCCAGUUUUGCCACAGAGUUUUAAACACAGAGUUAGUGUAUCACAGCCCCAUCAAAUGACAACGCAACAGAGCUACAGAGCACAGUUAAACAACACGGUACGUUGUGAAUCCUUCAAACAGAUCAGAAUUGAAUAAACUGGAUAUAAAUAGCAAGAGAAAAGGAGAAUACCAAAACUCAGCACAAGGAAUGACAAAUGAGACAAAACGAUGAUUACAUACGUACAAAGCAGAACAGGAGAACAUUUACAUUACAUUUACAUUUAAGUCAUUUAGCAGACGCUCUUAUCCAGAGCGACUUACAAAUUGGUGCAUUCACCUUAUGACAUCCAGUGGAACAGUCACUUUACAAUAGUGCAUCUAAAUCUUAAAGGGGGGGGGGGGGGGAUUACUUAUCCUAUCCUAGGUAUUCCUUAAAGAGGUGGGGUUUCAGGUGUCUCCGUAAUGCACAGUCCUGUCUGGCCAAUGGUAAUAGGAAACCUGUGUUAAUGUGUUUUCUGUGAUUCAUAUGGGGGUCAUACGUGUGUAUGUGUGUGUGUGAGUGCAUACAGACGAAAGAAUGGUGUCGAAGUGCAUUUUGUCAUAUUUAAUGCUCUUUCUUUCUCAUUUUCCCUCAGAUUUCUAUACCAGUGCUAAAUUGAUUAUUAAGGAAAUGACGACAAAUGUAUAUUAUUACGAUUAUAUUGUUAUUAUUACUACUGUUGAAGUGUGGGGUACUGUAAGAGGGGCGUAGUCGUCUGAUGUUAAAUAUAUAGACACACAAAGGUAUUUGGAAUAAAAAAAAAACAGUA